GCAUUCAUAUGGUCCAGUUGUGUUUUGAUUUAAUUUGGUUAAUUCUGUUAUUGUGUGUUUGGCAGGCAUUAAGUGUCAGCUGUGUUGCCUGCCUAAAAUCUUGUGUUAAUUAUUUUUGUUGUGUUUGAGUGUGUGUGUGUGUGUGCUAUUCUGUUUUACAGGAGCUGCAGACCUUGUAUGGAGAGCAGGGCUGAAGUCUUUCUUUAGGUGGUGAUGGUGUUUCCUCACAGAGUGCUGUGAUUUGCCGUGUGCACUGGGGCUUUUGGAUUGGUGUAAUUUAACUGUUUGUUUACUGUUCAAGAUGGAGGGAGAAUUGCAGGAGCUACGGGACCUGGUGACUCAGUUGAGAGUGGAGAAUGAGAGGUUGAGGCAGGAACAGCCUUCAGUAAGUUCCCUAGUGAGUAAUACUACACAUGGUAAUGAUGCGGCAGCAGCUAGGCCUAUUUUGCCAGGUGCUGGUGCUGCAUCAGCGGAUAGGUUUGUUUUUGUCCCUAGAGACCGGAAAUGUCCAAAAUUUAGUGGAACGUCAGGUAUAGGUAUUGAUGAAUGGGUCGAAGAGGCACAGGCUUGUAUCCGGGCCCGUUGCUUGUCUACGGCUGACCAGGCGUUCUUUUUGUUCGAUCACUUGGAGGGUGAGGCUCGGGAGGAAAUUAGGCAUCGUCCUGAUGCCGAUAGAAGUAAUCCAACUCUCAUAGUCGAGGCCCUACGUGAAUUGUAUGGCUGCUCAUUGUCCUAUGUGGCUUUGCAAGAGGCCUUUUUCUCACGGAGGCAGCGGGAGGGGGAGACCCUUUUGGAGUUCUCCCUUGCCCUGAUGGGCCUCCAGGAGAAAGUUAAGCAGCAGUCAUCCUCUGCCAUGCCAAAUGCGGAAAUAUUGUUGCGUGACCAAUUUGUUGAAUUUGUGUUAGAUCCGGCAUUGCGUCGUGAACUUAAACAAUUGGUGCGCCGGCAGCCAUUAUGCACCUUCUUGGAUGUCCGGGGCGAGGCGAUACGUUGGGAACGGGAAGGGACGCCUGGGGGAACGAGACCUAGGAGUCAGUCACUUCCGGUAGCAUAUGGGUUUCAGUGUGGGGUACAAGGGGAGCCACAGGCUGAAAGCAGUAGUUCACGGUUAGAAUUUGCAGAAUUGCGAGAGAUGUUAAAGUUGCAGCAAGAGCAAAUAGGUCAGCUUACACAAGGGCUUGCAAGCUUGUGUCAGCGAUUACAGAGCUUUCAGCUUUUACUUUCACACUGA